CUAAUUUUUUUCCACUGGAUUUAGUCUUUACCUAAACAGAUUCUGAAACGGACAUGCAGCUCUCUGCCACAAAACUAGUGGUCUUCACCACACUUUUAGGCCUAUCCUUGGCCAUGCCCACCACUCGUGUGGAAACUGAUCCCGAAUUAACUGCUGGCUAUGUGGAGGGUGACAUGGUUCUAGAUACAAAUUUACGUAAUGGUUUACGUAAUGAGGUCUUUAGAUGGCCCAAUAACACUGUAUACUACAAAUUCUUUACACAAUUUGAUGAACCCCACAAAAAUCACAUUUUACGAGGCAUGAGAAUUUUAGAAAGCGUCUCCUGCUUACGUUUCAAGGAAGCCACUCCUGACAUUAAAUCUUUUGUUAAUAUCACUGGUUUUGAUGGUGGCUGUUACUCUAGUGUGGGUUAUCUUAAUCAAGGAGCUCAAACUUACAAUUUAGAAGUCUAUAGACUCGAUGAAGGUUGCUUCCGCUUGGGCACAAUUGUACAUGAAUUCUUACACACUUUGGGUUUCUAUCACAUGCAAAGUGCUGCCGAUCGUGAUGAAUAUGUUCGCAUUGCUGAGGAAAACAUUAGACCCGGCACUAUUCACAAUUUCAACAAAUACAAUCAAUCCUAUGUUGAUGACUUUGAUCAGGAAUAUGAUUAUGGCAGUGUUUUGCAUUAUUCGGCUUAUGCGUUUUCGGCCAAUGGUGAAAUGACCAUCAUCCCUUUGAAGGCUGAGGAGGCUUCUGGUAUUAUGGGUCAACGUCGUGGCAUGAGCCAGCGUGAUAUUAAUAAAUUGAAUACCAUGUACCGUUGUCCAGUGCAUGUUUAAGUUGUUGAUGGAAUUGUAAUUUGACAGCUAUUGAAUAACAUUGUUUUUUACUAAUCAACGCAAUAAAUAUAUACCGUCUUACUUUCGUAAAGUAAUAAUAAAAGA